AUAAAAUAACCCAGUACUGUCACGCAUUUGAGCCAAGCCAAAUGCCUCGUUAUCACUGCUGAACAUUAGCCACCGUGAACUGAAGGUUUGAACCUGCUCUUAAAGAUGAGCUAAUCAGGGAGCACUUGCAGGUUAAACUGAAUUAUUUGACUGGUUUAACAAAAAGAGGUUGAUCCAAACAUUAGAGGCAGAGAGUAUACUGGGAGAGCAGAUAAGAAAUGUGAAAAGCGUAAAAAUGAACAUUUACCGUGAGAAAGAGUCAGACAACUCCACAGAGACAAAGAGAAAACAUAAACCUUGGAAAUCAAGAAUACAUAACUUUAUCCACAGUCCCUCCCCAAGGAAAAAAAUCCACAGACAAUCUCUUAAUGACUUCCACAAAUUUGGAGAAUCCUUAGAGAAACUAAUUUCCCACAAAUGUGGACAGGCAGCAUUUCAUGUCUUUCUAAAGUCAGAGUUUUGUGACGAGAACCUUGAGUUCUGGCUGGCUUGUGAGGAGCUCAAAUCUAUUACCAAUCCAGAAGAUUUAACCUACAGAGCCAUUGCCAUCUAUGACGAGUUCAUCAGGAAAGAUGCCCCCAAGGAGAUCAACUUGGAUUUCUACACAAGAGACACCAUUGCUCAGAAUCUGCAGUUGCCAGCAGCAGUCUGCUUUGUCGAAGCACAGAGGAAAGUCUACAGCCUGAUGGAGAAUGACGUCUACCCUCGCUUCCUUCAGUCCGACUGUUACAGAGACCUGUGUGUGGCUGCCUCCGGAGCACUGGGCCUGGGGAACCACAGUAGGGCAUAGGACUGUUACCAUGGCUUUGAAACCAAUUUGGUCUCAUAGAGUGACACUGAGCGCUUUUAGAGCUCCAAUGCUAAAACCACCAUGCAAGGCAGAGUACACAAACAUGAACAAAGACUGCAUUCACAGUUUACUCACUUCCUCUUUCCAUAUAUGACGUGGCCAGACAGAGACUGAAUGCAGUUGUCGACUGUACAAUCUAGAUUCUAGCUUGGUUAUGUCUGGGUAUGAUGCACAAUACUAGAUUUGUGGUUUCUGAGGAGUAUAGUACACAUCUUGUAUAUCUUUGGUUGAGAUGCCACGGUGCCUGGUCUUUGUACUUUUUGAUAUAGGUUCAGUCCGUAUAGUUUACUGUACUGUUAAACAAACCCCACAAGAGAGUAGUUUCUAAAACAUUUUGCAGCAGAUCUGCAACCUCAUCAUUUAACAUGUAAUUAAAUACAAUUUUGAUAUAGGCUGAUAUAUACUGUGUACAGAACUACAAUAUGCUACAAACAAAGCUGCUGCACAAAGAAACGGCUAUAGUCUGUCUUCCUGUAUGCUCUUCCAGCCUGUGGACAUUUUCUGUCUGUACUUGUGAGACUUGAUGAUCUAACAUAAAUGAAUGGGCAAACAGUGCUCUCUGGUGGUUUGUCAGGGAAUGGUCACAGCACCUCUCCACAGAAAAAGGGGUUCUCAGGUUUAACUGACAAUAUACCGUUCAUUUUUUAACAAAUAUUUAUCUAUGCUAACACAUUUAGAAGCAACAACAUGUCCAUCAAGUCUUAGCUCAGCCAGUAUCUUAUGCAGUUUAACCCUUGUCACCUAAGUGAUCCCCAGGAACGAGGUUGACUAGGUCGCCACAGAUUGGUCGCACCUCCACCUUACUCCACCAGAAGGCGCCUUACACCAACCUCUCGCUGACCUUGACCUCUGGCUGUCUCCUAUGACAGGGACUCACAACUCCUUUAACUUCUUCAUUUACUUAUUUUGUUCUUCUCUCUCGUUCUUUUCUCAUACACUCAGCAUAAUGACUAAGUUUGUCUUAAGAAAAAUUACAUCCAUGCGGUGCAUCAGAAAUCUUGGUAUGCUUCACAAAUCUUUCUACCCUUCUCCAUCUUCAUUCAUCUGGCAAGCUAACUGUAAAGGCACUACAGUCUCUGGCUAUCAGCCUACUACUGAUGCAUGAAACAGCAGGACAGCCUAAAUAUUAACGUUAAAUGACCUGCACACCUCAAGGACCCUGAGGCGAGAGAAGAAGAUUGUGGCUUACUCCUCCCACCUUGGACACUCCCUGUUUCAGUCACUCCCCUCCGGCAGAAGGCUGCGGUUCAUCAGGAAUGUCAGGACAAUAUUCUGAUGAUAUUUAACGGGAUGAAAUGUACUAUAGGCCUACAUUAUUUUUAUUUUGAAAAGUACACUUUCUUUCCCAAAACUAGACUAACAAUAUGUGGAUACAGUUACAAUGGCAGCAGCUAAAUAGUCAUUCACAUCAGUAAAAUUUAACUAUUUGUGUUCAAAUAAUGAUGCAGAGAAAACUAACUCUUGAGGUUACUGAACAUGGGGGUGGAAUGUGUUCACCAAGGUGUGAGUAAAAAUGUGUACAUAUGAUGUCAACAUUAGGGUGGCGUUUUACAUAUCGUAUGACCUUCACAAAGCAAGAAGGUCAGGAUGGGGGGAAAAGCUGAGAAAGAAGUGUGUGUGUGUGUGUGUUCUGGUGUUGCCACUCCCUGCAAGCAUGUGUCCCACUGCAUGGUUAAUA